GGGAGGGGUGCGGGGUGCUGCGGGGCUGGACACGGCCCUCGUGUCGUCCACCCGCGACCCGGCGCGCGGCGGCAGGAGAGCAGGCGCUGCAGGAGGAGCCGGCCGGGCUCCCCGCGGAGCCCCCCCAGCUCGCAGCGGGGCACGACCUGCCCGGCCCAGAGACCUGGGGCCCCGUUUGCGGGGCCUGGGCUACGGGGAAGCCGCGGGGCCGCGGGAGGUUUGCAGCCGCCUGCCUGCCUGCCUGCCUGCGGGAGCUGCGUGUGCUCUGGCUGGAGCCCCAGCGCCGCAGCAAGGAGCAGGUGCUGGAGCUGGUGGUGCUGGAGCAGUGCCUGCCAUCCUGCCCCGGGGAUGAGAUGCGGAGCCGGGCGCGGGGUCGUGGUGUGAAGACCUGCGCUGAGGCCGUGGCCCUGGCCGAGGGGUUUCAGCCGGGUCAGGGGGAGGAUGAGACGCUGCAGGUCGCAGUGAGGGUGAAGGUCGAGGAGGGGCCCUCCGACGAGAUGCAGCCCCUGGGGGCACUGCAGGGCCCUGGUGAUCCCUGCCCGGAGCAGCCGAAGGCCCAUCCUGCGGACAGGCCUCUGGAUGAGUCAGGACAGAGGGAAACCCCGGGGCCUCAGGACAAGCCACCUCGCGUCCCCAUAGAGGAGCACCCACAGGAGUCAGGUGCUGGGACCCUGCAGAGAGCUGAGCAGCAGCCUGCUGAGGAGGGGCCGGUGAUCCUGGAGCUGCAGAGGACGUGCGCAGGGAGCCUGGAGGAGAGGAGCUCCCUGACCCCUGAGCCAGGCCAAGUGCAGAAGGGGCAGGGCAGGCCUCCAAAGCAGGUGGAGAGCUCGGAGCUCCGGGAGGUGUUCGAGGAUGUGGCUGUGUAUUUCACACGGAAGGAGUGGGAGCUGCUGGACAAUGAAGACAAGGUGCUUUACCAGGACCAGAUGCUGAAGAAUUACCAAGCCCUCGUUUCCCUGGGAUAUCAAGGUCCCACACCUGACUUAAUCUGCAGCAUUCAGCGAGGACAUUUGGAGCUCUGGGUCUGUGAUGAUGAGGAGAUUGGGGAAAUCUCAAGAUCAGAGGGCCUUCUGCCAGGAGGUGCCAGGCUGCUGAGCAGAGCUGAAGAGGAACUUUCUGUGGAAGGGUCUGCAGACCUGGAUCCAGUGCAGACUUCCCCAGAGAGUUUGUGUGAGAUGGACUCCCUGGGACCUGAGAAGGAGCCAUGGCACGAGACUCAGGGGAGGCCCCAAAAGCAGAAGGAGAAUGUAGCCAUGAUCCAGGACCGGUGCAUCCCCCUAGGGAGGAAGACACACCACUGCACUGAGUGCAGGAAGAACUUCAGCUGCUUGCAAGACCUGUCCCAGCAUGAGUGUGUGCAGCACCACUGCACCAAGUGUGGGAAGAGAUUCAGGAAGCUCUCCAAACUGGCAAGGCACUGGUGCAUGCACACAAGAAAGAAGCUACAUCAGUGUUCAGAGUGUGGGAAGAUCUUCACUUACUUGUCCAGCCUGGCUAGGCACCAGCGCAUCCACACGGGGGAGAAGCCACAUCAAUGCUCAGAGUGUGGGAAGAGCUUCGCUCGUUCCUCCAGCCUGGCUGAGCACCAGCGUAUCCACACGGGGGAGCAGCUACAUCAGUGCUCAGAGUGUGGGAAGAGCUUCACUUACCUCUCCCAGCUGGCUCUGCACCAGCGUAUCCACACGGGGCAAAAGCCACAUCGCUGCUCGGAGUGUGGGAAGAGCUUCAAUUACUACUCCGACCUGGCUCGGCACCAGCGUAUCCACACAGGGGAGAAGCCAUAUCAGUGCUCAGAGUGUGGGAAGAGCUUCAGUUACUCCUCCAGGCUGACUGCGCACAAGCAUGUCCACACUGGGGAGAAGCCACAUCAGUGCUCAGAGUGUGGGAAGGGCUUCAGUUACUCCUCUGAGCUGGCUCGGCACCAGCGUAUCCACACGGGAGAGAAGCUACAUCAGUGUUCAGAGUGUGGGAAGAGCUUUGCUCAGUCUUCCAGCCUGGCUCAGCACCGGCAUGUCCACACGGGGGAGAAGCCACAUCAGUGCUCAGAGUGUGAGAAGAGCUUCACUUACUCCCGCCAGCUGGCUCUGCACCAGCGUAUCCACACAGGGGAGAAGCCACAUCAGUGCUCAGAGUGUGGGAAGGGCUUUACUCAGUCUGCCCACCUGGCUUAUCACCAACGUAUCCACAUGGGGGAGAAGCCAUAUCAGUGCUCAGAGUGUGGGAAGGUCUUCACUCAGAGCUCCACCCUGGCUCAGCACUACACAGGGAAGAAGUCGUAUCAAUGCUCAGAGUGUGAGAAGAGCUUUGCUAACUCUGACGGACUGACUCAGAAGCAGCGUAUCCAUACGAGGGAGAAGCCACAUCAAUGCUCAGAGUGUGGGAAGGGCUUCACUUUCCGCUCCCAGCUGGCUGUGCACCAGCGUAUCCACACGGGGGAGAAGCCACAUCAGUGCUCAGAGUGUGGGAAGAGAUUCACUCAGACCUCCAGCCUGUCUGUGCACCAGCGUAUACACACGGGGGAGAAGCCACAUCAGUGCUCAGAGUGUGGGAAGACCUUCACUCGGUCCUCCAGCCUGUCUGAGCACUGGCGUAUUCAUACGGGGGAGAAGCCACAUCAGUGCUCAGAGUGUGGGAAGAGCUUCACUUACUCCUCCAACCUGUCUGAGCACUGGCGUAUUCACACGGGGGAGAAGCCACAUCAGUGCUCAGAGUGUGGGAAGAGCUUCACUUACUCCCGCCAGCUGGCUCUGCACCAGUUUAUCCACACUGGGAAGAAGCCACAUCAGUGCUCGGAGUGUGGGAAGAGCUUCACUCAGUCCUCCAGCCGGGCUCGGCACCAGCGUAUCCACACGGGGGAGAAGCCACAUCAGUGCUUCAAGUGUGGGAAGAGUUUCACUCGGUCAUGCACCCUGGCUCAGCACCAGCGUAUCCACACAGGAGAGAAGCGACAUUAGUGCUCAGAGUGUGGGAAGAGCUUCCCCCAGUCAUCAGGCCUAGAUUAGCACCAUUGUAUCCACACAGUAGAAGUUACAUCAGUGCUCAGAGUUUGGGAAGGACUUCACUCAGUGCCCUUACCUGAUCAAACACAGCCUCAUCCACACGGGGAAGAAGCCAUAUUGGUGCUCGGAGUGUGGGAAAAGCUUCAACCUGUCCUAUACCCUGGCCCAGCCCCAGAUUACCAACACGGGUUUGCAGUCAUAUCCGUGCUCAUAGUGUGGGAAGAGCUUCACUCACUCCUCCAGCUGGGCUCUGCACCAACUUAUUCACAUGAGGGCGAAGCCAUAAUAGUGCUCAGUGUGGGAAGAGCUUCAUCUAAUCCUCCAGCUGUCCUGGCACCAGCGUAUCCACACAGAGGAGAAACCACAUCCGUGCUCGAAGAGCGGGAAAUGCUUCUUCCAAUCCUCCAAACUGGCCCAGCACCAGUGUAUCCCUAUCCGGGAGUGUCCAUAAUUCUGUCAGCAAUACAGAAAGGGUUUGGGGAUGUAUACCUGCUGAGCACCCACCAGUGUCUGCAUCCAGGGAAGCAGUGUCAUGCCAGGGGACUGCAGCAACAGUUCACGCUUUGUUCAGCCUUUCUAGGGCACUGGAAAACCCAAAGGACACAGAGGCCAGCCUCCCAGGUUUGAUAUGGGCGAGGGGUUAAAAGGAAAUGCCUCAGUCAGAUGCCCACACUGUUACCUCUGAGCUCUGUGUUCUUGGGGAACCCUGGCACAGGACACAGUCUGUCUGAUUCACAAAGAAUCCCCCCCCCCCCCACGAAACUGAUUAAGGUGCAAUGAGAGUCACACCUAAGACCCUCCAGAUAAGGGUGACAAGAGUGAGACAACUGCCCUAGGUCUCAUAUGCACCCGAGAUGGAACCAGAUGACCAUUCAUUUACAAGGGAGGUCAAGAACAGGAAGUCUGAAUCAGAGACUGCAGUGAAUUCUGGGAUCAGAGAAGCAGGGGAGCUCUGUAUGAUGGGGAAUGUAUGCUCCAAAUGCUAAUCAACCCAUGUUUACACACACCCAGUUCAGCAUUUAUCAGACCAGUUCUAAUCUGGCUUUCCAAAGGUCUCCCCCCCCCCCGCCGCCAUCUCUAAGCAGAAGUAAAGUUUAAUAGUUGUCUCGGGCCGUACAGUCCCCGGUCCUACUAUGGGAGGCCUAUUUAAACUUGAUUGACUAAAACUCGGUUGCCAGGUUAGGGAAUGCUGAGGGAAAAAGACUGACUCCGAGGGGGUAUGGGCAACAUUUGAACAAUGGUAAAGGGUUCAUCACAGCGGCCAGCCCAUUGGAGCCCCGUCAGAAGUGUUGUCAUACUUUUCCCAGUACGACUGGUGGAAGUCCUCUCCACAAAAGGUUAGGAGGGUGUCAGCCUGUCCGUGCUGAUCAACCCGGCCGGGUCAGGCGUGUCAUGGUAAUUUGUGUGUGUUGGUGUCUAUGACUGAUUUGGUGGCUGAAGGAACCCAGCCCCAUUGAAACAGUCCUGCAAGAUAGCUCCAUUGGGGUGAGGACUUGCAGAAGGGAGAGAUACAUCUCCGUAUGGAAACACAAGUAACACGAACAGCACAUUGAUAGAAUUACAAGGACCCUAGAAACCUACCCCUAAUAAAUGAGCACACCCCAAAGUAAUUGGCAAAUCUAGUAACAACAUGGAUACUGGGGGAACCUGUGAGGAGAUUGUGGCAGAGUCCCAUCUCUGUCUCUCCCCAAACACUUCUGAAAAUGUGGUUACCAAAUCAGUGCAGAGGGCAGACACCUCUGGUCCCAUCUGUUUCAGGUAACCUCGAGUUGUAACCUGAGCUGGAUGCAUUCCUCAGGGAGGGGGAAACCUGCUCCCUUUGCCUACAAGAUUGGCAUCACAUACCUGGGUGUGGGGCUUAAGCUCCCUAUUGCUCUAAGCAGUGGCAACAUGGCUGAGAUGGGGCUAGAGACCCCACGAGUCUACCCAGCAACCAGUGAUGGAUUUCAAAUUGUUUGUCUGGCAGCCAACAGUUGCUGGCCUUCAUUGGAUCAGGUAAAUGAGGUCAUAAGGUCUAUAUAAGUUAGGGACUUCCUAGGAGAAGGGGCAGUAGCCAUGAUGAGAACUUGGAGAGAAGCUGGACCUUCUGAAGUUCACUCGCUGUCUUGAUACUCAUGAUCAAUGAACUGCUUGUCUCCAGAGGAAAUCUCCAGCUGCCUCUGGCUAAAGUUGUGAGUAAGCUACUUGAGAGUGAAUUAGAUAUAUAGGUUGUAGUAACAGAUGUGUAAUCAAAGGCUACCAUGCCACUGUUUGCUCUGUGGGAUGUCUUUGAUUUUCCUCUACUCUGUACCCUAGUCCAAACCUACUGCUUGUAACCAAUAAAGUUCUCCUUAGUACCUAGCAUGGCAGACUUACUGGGAGAGGGUCUAGAUUAUGCCUUGGGGUCCCCUUGGUCCAGUUGACUGAGGGAGACUACUAUUUGUGCUUCAAACUAAGGGAAGCACCCCAAGUUCUUGCAGUGGGUUGAGUACCCCUCAAAGAGUACUAGGCCUGUGUUUCCCAGGGAGCACUGGGCCUGAAUCAGUCUAGACCUUGGGUGGUGGCGGCGUUACCCCCAGGUUAGCAAGUAGGCUCCAGGAAGGGGGUGGGCCAGACAUGAGGCACCCCCAAGGAGGCACUUGGAGCCUGGUAGGUGGUUGGGCGCAGUGAGGUGGGUGGCUCAACGCAGGAGCACCUCCUACUGGCCCAACAGAGAGGUGAUCUUUGCAUCAGCCUUGCAGCCUGUGCCACCCCAUCAUUCUCUAAAAGCAGGCACUGCUCCCAGGGGCAGAAGAAGUGUCUACAAUAGGUGACCUCCCCAAGACAGAUGCCUCCAAAUGACACCUGUGGACUGUCUUUGGCUGACUAUCAGCUUCGACUUCCCUGCGGCCCCAGGGUUGUUGUAUGUGAGGCUUUAGAGUUGUAGGAAGGAGCACAUUUAAUGCUGGGGGAGCAUUGCCUGCCUUCCACCCUGAUCAUGCCUUUCCUCCCCACUGCAUUCCCCCUCUUCCAGGCCUGCACAUUCCCAUCGUGGUCUGCAAGAAACUGCUACAAAAUGAACAGACUGGGCUGCCAGUAUCUUCAUCCAGGGAAGCAGUCUCAUGCCAGUGGACUGCAGCCCAGUCUGCUCAGUUUGUUAAGAAGGAUGAGAGGAUGCAGGUGCUUUCACAGGCAGGAAAUACUCCAUACUCAGAGGCAGGGUCUGUGGCAGGCCAGUAGGGGGUGCUCCUACAUUGAGCCGCCCACCUCCCUGUGCCUGGCCACCUUCCAGGCUCCUAGUGCCUCCCUGGGGUGCCUCACGUCCGGCCGGCCCCUUCCCUGGAGCACCCUUGCUAGCCUGGGGUUCCUGCUGCCACCAUCCAAGGCUCUGGACCCAAUUCUGGCUCUGCGCACCUUGGAAAACUCAGGUCUGAUCGUCCAAUGAGUCCUAGACCCAAUACAGGCACUUGGGGCACUUCCUAAGUCAGGGGCUUAUCAGGAAAGCCUCCCUUAGUCCACAGACCUAAGGGGCCUCCUUGGCAUAAUUUAGACCCACCCCUCAAUAAGUCUCCCACACCAGUCACAAAGGAGAACUUUAUUGAUUACAGGGGGUAGGGUGGGAACAGGGUAAAAGGUAGAGCAGUAUCAUGGAAAUAUCAGAGAAAUCCCAUAAAGGAAACCAGGGUGGCUGAGGUAGCCUUUUGAUCUCACAUCUGAGUUACUGUAAGCUAAAUAUCUAGUAGGAUCUCGAGUAGCUUACUCACACGCAUCAUCCAGAGGUGGUUGGAGUUUUCCUCUGGAGGCAGGGCACUCUGAGCAUGCAGUUAUGAAGAGAGAGCCAGUUUCAGAUUCAUCUGUGUGACUGCAUGGUUAAAGGCUCCUCUUCUUCCUGGCCCGGGCCUUUAAACAACCUCUCUAACCUCAGCAGCCCAGUCAAAUCGAAGCUGCCAGUGCUGGCCACAAGCCAACCAAUCUAAAAAAGCAUCACUGGCUACCUUGGCCGGUGAGCGGGGCUUUUCCCUCCCCCUCCCCCGCCCUCCCAGGUGACCAGAGCAUCUGCCUCCGAGGCACCAGGCUUUUCUCGUAGAAUGGGAGGCAGAUCCCUGCCCUGAGGGAUUCAACACCAGCCUCUCCCGCUGGCAGAGACAGAUCUCUGGAGAGGGGCACAGACGGUGGCAUUCCUGCCACACUUCCCCCCUUCCCCCGCCCCCGCUCCUUUAAAAGCUCAGACACGGGGCCUGUCAGGGCUGUGGGUCCAGGCGUGUUGGGUCAGGGAGUUCCCACGGGAUGCCAGAAGAAGGGAAAAAAAGGAAACCUGAAACGAGUUAUUACAAGAACAUACAGAAACCAUAAAACCUGAUGGCAGUCUUACACUAGUGAUCUUUUCACUAGUCCUGAGUCCAGAGGACCCACUACCCAGAGUCCUUUUGUGACAUGGCAUCCGCUAUCACGUUCUGGCUUCCCUUGAUGUGCUCGACAGUGAAGUUGAACUCUUGAAGCUGCCAGGCCCAUCGCUGCAGCUUCGCAUUGGUGUUUUGCGUGGUCUGCAACCACUGCAGUGGGGCAUGGUCCGACAGGACGGUGAACUGUUGUCCCCACAAAUAGGGCUUCAGCUUGUUCAGUGCCCAGACGAUUGCCAAGCACUCCUUCCCUCCCAAGGGAUUAGCUUCCGGCUGAGGUAUGCCACGGGGUGCCGUGUCUCCUGGUGCUCCUGUAAGAGUACAGCUCCCAGUCCUACGUUGGAGGCAUCCGUUGCCACGUAGAAGGGUUUAUCAUGGAGCGGUGCCUUCAGGAUUGGUUGUUUGACCAGGGCAGCCUUGAGGGUGUCAAAUGCUUCCUGUCACCCCUGCUUCUAGACCACCGGGUCCAGGCUGCCCUUCUUGGUCAGCUCGUGCAGCGGGGAGGCAGAUGCCCCAAACCCCGGGACAAAUCUUCGGUAGUAACCCGCCAGGCCAAGGAAGGCUCUGACUUGCUUCUUGGUCUGUGGAGAUGGCCAGUCCCUGAUGGCCUCGAUCUUGUCCCACAAGGGAGCAAUAUGACCUCCACCCACACGAUGACCCAAGUAGACUACCUCAGAUAGUGCCCACUGGCACUUCUUGGCUUUCACAGUAAUACCAGUUUGCUUGAUCUUACCUAACAUGGUGGUCAGGUGAAUCAGGUGCGACUCAAAGUCCUGACUGAAGAUGGCGAUAUCAUCGAUGUAAGCCAUGGCAAACUGCUCGCAUCCUUGCAGCAGAUUAUUAAUCAGUCUUUGGAAAGAGGCGAGAGAGUUGCGCAAACCAAAAGGUAAAACUGUGAACUCGUAUAGCCCCGUAGGUGUGGUAAAGGCAGACUUGGCUAUGGCAUCCGGGUCCAGUGCCAUCUGCCAAAAUCCUUUAGACAGAUUGAGAGUAGAGAUGACUUUGGCUGGGCCCAGGCACUCUGGCAAAGUGUCCAUCCUGGGCAUAGGGUACGCAUCAGGGGUGGUAAUGGCAUUCAGUUUCCUGUAGUCCACACAGAACCGGAUGGUUCCAUCCUGCUUCCGGACGAGUACCACUGGACUGACCCAGAGACUCGUUGAAGGCCGGAUUACCCCCAACUCUUCCAUCUCUGCGAUCUCCCAUUUUAUUUCUUGCCUCACCUUCUCAUUAACUGGGUAAUGUCGGGAAUAUAUAGGGCGAUGGCUGCCCGUCUCUAUCGAGUGUACUGCCAGGUCCGUUUUACCUGGUUUAUUGGAGAACACUGUCUCAAAGUCCUUGAGCGCUGCGAGCAGCUGGUCCUUGUCCUGGGAGGGCAGAUGGUCCGGCAGGCGGAGUUCCUCGAUCCCUGCCUCGUCAUCCCAGUCCCCAUACAUGACCGGCUCCUCCGGGCCCUCCGGUGUUCCCUCAACGGAGGGAACCCAGAAUACCAUCUCCUUUCUGUCAUAGUAGGGUUUAAGCAUGUUCACAUGAACUGUCUUAGGCUUCCUAUCCCUAAUAGCCACUACAUAGGUCACAUCAUCCAGUCUGUCCAGGAUAGGAUGAGGACCUUCCCAAGCGGCUUGCAGCUUGUCUGUUUUUAGUGGCAGGAAAACCAUCACAUUAUCACCCCGCUCAAAGGUACGUAAGCGGGCCUUCUCAUCAUACCAGGACCUUUGCUUCUCCUGGGCCUGUCCCAGGGAGUCUUGUGCCAUCUUCAUCAUGUCAGUCAGUUUCUGAUGGAAGUUAAGCACAUACUCCACCACUGAGGUCUUUGUGGAAGCGAUCUUCCUUCCCACUCCUUUCUCACCAAAUCGAGAGGACCUCGAACUCGCUUCCUGAACAUCAACUUGAAGGGUGAGAACCCAGUGGACUCCUGGGGCACCUCCCGGUAGGCAAAGAGCAGAUGCGGCAGUUUCUCAUCCCAGCCCUUGGGGUUGGAGUCCACAUAGUCCUUUAGCAUCCCUUUCAAGGUGCCAUUGAACCUUUCCACCAGCCCAUUUGUCUGAGGGUGGUAGGCUGUGGUCUUAAGGUGUUGCACCCCACAGCAGUCCCACAGGCACUUCAUCACCUCCGCCGGGAAGUUCCCACCCCGGUCCGUUAGGAUCUCGGAGGGAAAACCCAGCUGACAGAAGACCUUGAUGAGGGCAUCAGCAACCACGGGGGCCUCAAUGGAGGUGAAGGCAACUGCCUUCGGGUACCGCAUUGUGUAAUCCACUCUAGUCAGUAUGUAUUUCCUUCCUCUAUGAGUCUUAUGCUUCAGCGGUCCCACAAUGUCCACGGCCACCCUGUGGAAGGGUUGGUCAAUGAUAGGGAGGGGCUGCAGGGGAGCCCUUCUCCUGUCCCCACUUUUGCCCGUCCGCUGGCAUGUCUCGCAAGAUUUGCAGUAGUCCGUCACAUUCUGGGCUAUUCUGGGUCAAAAAAAGUUCACCUUCAACCUCUGGUUGCAGGUGAACCACUGAUUCCUGCCCCAUAAGAUCCCGUCCCACCAGGAUGGGGACCGGAGCCCCUUCCAGUACCCCCAUUUCCAGGUACGUUAAACAGUCAUUCCACACGAUGGGUGCACGGACUACCACUGCCGUCAGAGGUGGGCCCUCACCCCGUGAAUAGUAAGGGUCUUUCCCGGGAUUAUGUCUGCAGGCGAGACAAGGUUGGAAUUAAUUAGUGUCACACUGGCCCCCGUGUCCAGUUCCCCCACAAGGGUCCUCUCCUUUACCGUGAUCAUGGUCUGGUGGGGGGCCAUCACCUCCUCCGAGUUUGUGAUCCUGUAGCAACAGACACUCCCCUCAGAGGGGCUCCGGCCCCCCCUUCACUGCUCACGGCUGUUGCCCGCCUGACGGGCCUGGGUCUAUUGGUUAGCUUUGGGCAGUUGGGCUUCAUGUGGCCCGGCUCCCCGCAGUUAUAGCACCUCCUCUUUUCCGAAUUGGGUGGUUUGUCCGAAUCGGGCCGCCUUGCUCUCUGCAGAAGGUGGCCCUCUUUCCCCUUUUUGACCUGGACCUCUCUUCCCCCUCUUUGGACCACUUUCUGCUCCUUCCCCGAGUAGGGAGGCUUCUCACGAUUUAGCAACAGUCGGUCUGCAAUCUCAGCGGCCUCUUGAGCAGUUUUGGGGUCCCUGUCCCUGACUAGGGUCUUAACCUCUCUUGGACACCAAAAAUAGAAUUGUUCCAGCACCAUGAGCUGGCAUGACUUUUCUACAGUGUCAACCUUGGCUUCAGCUAAGCAUUUAAUGUAUGUGUCCUCCAACAGGGCCACAUAAUCAGUCAAUGACUUGCUGGGAUUUUUUCUGAAAAUAAUCCAGUCCUAACUUGAACCUUUUAGACACUGCAGCUUUAAAGGCAUUAUAGUCAUCAGCUGCAUCUGAGGGCAGGCUGUCCAGGACCACCAUCAUGUUGCCCUCUACCAGUGCAGACAGGUACAUCAUGAUCUUUUCCUCUGGCACCUUACACCACUGGGCUUGUCUUUUGAAGUUGCUUAGGAACACCGCAGGAUUGUCUCUGUCUCGGUAGCGAGCAAAGGCUGAGAUGUCCGGUUUGGGGUGUUCGCCGGACGCUUGCGGAGUGCUCACGUUUGCCCCAUUGGGCUGCAGAUGGAGCUGAGCCUCCAGCUUUUUCUGCUCAAGCUCCAGCUUUUUUGCCUCCAGCUCCAUCUCCAUCCUUUUCAAUUCUAGCUGUCAUUGAUCCUUCUCGCGCUGGGCCUCCAGCUCCAGCCUUUUCAACUCCAGCCUUUUCAGCUCUAGCUCAUGGAGUCUCUGCCGUUCCCCCUCAGAGGGUGAUGUCUCGGCGGCCUCCGGACUUGAUGAGCGGGAGUGUGUUCCUGGGUCGGACUCAGGAGUUGACGAGCGUGAAGCUGACGCUUGUUCUGACUCGCUGGUGCACAAGAGUUUAACCAGCUCUUCCUUCUUUAGCCCUUUCUUCACGUGAAGGCCUCUCUCUUUUGCCAGUUCUUUCAGUUCAGGCACAGUCAUCCGGACAUACUCGUCCGCCAACCUGACUAUCUACACUAUUCAGUGACCGGAUGCCAAAUUAGAAAUUGUUUGCUCAAGGGAUUUCAGUGACUAUUCCUUUUCCCAAAUUAUGCCUCAAAUACAGCAGGAUAUUCGGAUCCCACCGUUGCCACCACGUGUGGCAGGCCACUAGGGGGCGCUCCUGCAGGGAGCCGCCCACCUCCCUGCGCCCGGCCAACUUCCAGGCUCCGAGUGCCUCCCUGGGGUGCCUCCUGUCUGGCCGACCUCUUCCCUGGAGCACACCCGCUAGCCUGGGGUUCCCGCUGCCAUCAUCCAAGGCUCUGGGCUCACUUCUGGCUCUGCGCACCUUGGAAAAUGCAGGCCUGAUCGUCCAAUGGGUACUAGACCCAAUACAGGCACUUGGGGCACUUCCCCAAGUCAGGCACUUAUCAGAAAAGCCUCCCAUAGUCCACAGAGCUAAGGGGUCUCCUAGGCAUAAUUUAGACCCACCCCUCAAUAAGUCUCCUACACCAGUCACAAAGGAGAACUUUAUUGAUUACAGGGGUGUCAUAACCAAAUGAGUUGAGUGCCCCUGUCACAAUAGAACUGCUGAAUGACUACAGUUAUUAAUACCCUUAGUUGGUAUUCUACUUUGUGUUUGUGUUGGAUGUUGUAUCUUAAACACACUUAAGAACUCCAAGGUAUCUAAUCUGUUAUUUGGUCAAGGGGGCAUGUCUAAAUGGAGAAUGACCAAACACCAGUCAAAUGUAAAACAUGAGGGGAAACUAUGCUCGGAGUGUGAGGGAGUUAUGAUGAACGCGCGAUCAAAUAGGUUCAGCAAAUCAGGGGCUACAUGAGGGGCGUGACUGCACGGCCGGCAGUCACAGCUCCCUAAAAGUCAGCAGAUACACGGGGCACAUUUUGAUUGAGUCUGUAGCUUAUAAAAAGGGGCAGAACACAAGCACAAGGGGGACCCGCACCAUAUCAGAGAGGCCUGAUCACCCUCACCGGAGGUCCUGCGUCCACGAAAUCCCUUUCCCCCCAGACGCCCCCAUCAUGACCGAGUAUAUCAUUUGAAUGUGUUUAGAGCUCUCAAGUCACCAGCGAGUUUAAUCUUGAAAAUUCUGUAAAGGAAACCACCUAUACGAAAGUGUGAGUAAAGCAUUUAUUUGUUA